GAUCAUGUUCAAUCUCGCUAACAAACACCAUCACCAUGAACCCCGGAAUCCUGCUACAAGGCGGUACCCUUUUGGUCCAUCAAGAUGACAACACCGUUAUUCCAUUUCGUGCUGACAUCCUAAUCCACGGGAACACAAUCGCUCAAAUUGAACAAAACAUUCAUGUGGACGACAACAUUAGAAUAAUCAACUGUAGCAACAAAAUCAUCUCCCCCGGAUUCAUCAGCACACAUCAUCACCUAUGGCAAACCCAACUGAAAGGAAAACACGCCAACCAGACCCUUCUGGAAUACUUGCCAUCUGGAAAUCUCAUCGGUGCACUGUACACCCCAGCCGAUGCAUUCUGGGGCGAGUUAAGCGGUGCAAUGGAGGCUAUUGACGCCGGUACGACGUGCGUAGUCGACCACUCGAGCCUCAAUAUCGGGCCGGAAUACCCACCCACAAUGAUCCAAGCCCUGGAAACCUCCGGCCUCCGAGCCAUAUACUGCCAAUGCGUCCCCAGAACCAUCACCAACGACAAGGACCUAAUGGGAACAAACGACCACACGCCCACCACCGCCCUCACCACCUGGAAGCCCCUCGCGAAAGCUGUGCCCUUCGCAAACGAUCGAAUCCAGCUCGGCUUCGCUAUAGACAACCUCUAUCUCCCUACAACCCAACUCCAAGAACUAUACUCUUCCCUCCGCUCAAUGAACGCAAAAAUAAUCACCUCCCACGGAACAGGAGGUAUAUCUUUCGGCAACGCCCCCUCCGCAAUCCAACUCCUCCACCAGUCCAAUCUCCUCGGACCAGAUAUAUUAAUCUCGCACGCCAAUUUCCCCAAACCAGGUGAUGCAGACCUCCUAGCCACGCACGGCGCAUUUGUAUCCUCCACUCCGAACACGGAGCUGCAAAUGGGGUAUCCGCCUGUAGCAUUCAUGCCUGAGUUCGAACCGCAUGCGAGUCUAGGUGUCGAUUGUCAUAGUUGGGGGAGUGGGUUCAUGCCGUAUCAGAUGCGGAUGAUUCUUCAGUAUGCGCGGACGGUGAGGUCGGAGGGUCUUGCGGGGGAGGGGAAGUGGAGUCGGCAUGUCUCGCCGUCAGUGGAACAGGUUUUUAAUCUUGGGACGGUUGGGAGGAUUAGGGUUGGGGCUAAGGCCGACUUGGUGAUUUUUGAUAUGACCACUCCGGCUAUGUUGGUGGCUGCGCAGGAGGAUCCGCUUGCUGCGGUUGUGUUGCAUUCUAGUGAGAGGGAUGUUGAUACGGUUAUUGUUGAUGGGGUUGUUAGGAAGGAAGGGGGGGUUUUGUUGCCUGUUGGGGUGGCGAAGGCGCCGGGGUCUAAUGGUGGUGGUGGUGUUGGGAUGGAGGGUCAAGAGCUCGCGUGGAAUGAUGUUGUGCAUGAGGUGCUGAAGAGUAGGGAGGCAAUAAGGCAAAAGGCACGGGGAAUUGAUAUGAAAGCAUUGGAAGAAGGUAUCAUUGAUGCUUUUCAUAUGGACCGAGAGAGUAUGAUUGAGUCGGCUUGA